AUGGCGUACCCCAGCCAUCCUCCGCCUGCACCACCCCAAACCAUGGGGUCUACGAACACCGUGUUCAACAAGGAAACGCGGUUCGACCUUUCAUACAUCACCACGUUACCCGGGGUCAUUAAGAUUGUUGUUCUAGUCCUUAACCUAAUUGGAUUCAUCUGCAUCCAAUGUUCAGCCUUCAGAUCAAACGGUCGAGGCGUCUACUUCAGCCUGGUCACGCACGUCGGUUUCUGGUUCUCAGGAAUCUUACUUCUGCUGUACUUAUUCCACGUGGUAGAGAAGUACCAUAAUAUUAAGUGGUUGAAGAUAGAGAUGAUAGCUUAUAUCGUGAUGGUGUUCUUGUACGUGAUAGCGUCUACGAUCGUGGUGGCGUUUGGGGCGGCUGCGUAUUCAGCAGCUGGGUUUUUCGGCUACCUGGCUAUGGUGGUAUACGGCGUAGAUGCUUUUAUUAAGUACAAAGCUUUAAAAGCCGGUGAACUUGCGCAAGGGCAACGGGUGGUCACCAAACAGACUCACGUGCUGACUCCGCCAGCGUUACCAUAG